CGCAGCCCUCCUGCAACAAGCACUGUGAGAAAAUGCAGGUGUUUCCUUCACUUAUCAUCUCAACGCUUUCUUUGUUCUAAAUUGUUCUCGUUUUGCUGUUUUCUUUUUUGCGCCUUUCUCCGUCAAGAGUGGGCCUGUUGAUGACCCGAAAACCGUGCUGUGCAUGCUCGGUUUGACUCCAAAUUGCGACUGCAGCUGUGCAGUUCCCAGUUCCCGUCCCGAGCCGAUGAGAGGCCAAAAAGGAGCCGCUCCGCCUGCAUGAAACAACAAGAUGCGCCGGUCACGGGCGCCAUACCCGACAAGAUGGACGAAAAGAACAAGCGAGAUCCCGAUACCGUAAAACCGGAGCCCUCCCCAGUGCCGAGUCCGACGAGUCCGGACCCGAGCGCGACCGUAAAUACGGACGACGCCGACGAGAGCCUAACCAGCCGGCUCUUCCGCUUCCUUGCGACAGCGUCCCCCGGAACGCUCGGCGGCGUUGCCGUGGGCCUGGCUGCGACCACAUACCUGGUGCUGGGCAGACUCGGCCUCGUGCUGAUUGGUGCAUUCGGCGGGAUCGUGUCCUUCAUACACUGGGAGCAGCGCAAUGCCGAGGUAGCGCGGGCGGUCAGAGGGGAGCGAGGGAUUGAUGUCCUGUCGCGGCUGCUUGCGACGAAGCAGGAACCCGAGAGCGCGCCUGUCAAGGAGCAGACCGCCGACGAUGCGCUGGUGCGCUCGUUUGACGACCUGCAGCCCGAGACACGCGAGGCAUUGAAUGAGCUCGUAGACGCCGUCAUCGACAACUACGUCAAAUGGUGGUACUCGCCCAUCGUGCCUUCGGACAAGUUCUUCCCGCUAGCCUGCCGCAAGACCCUCACGAAUUUCUUGACAUCCGUCUCCAACUGUCUCCGGAGGAAGCGUCCCGCCGACGCUUUUCUCGAGUUUGUGACCAAUUCCUCCUCCAUCCUCGUCGUCUUCAUGUCGGAGCUCUCGAACGCCUUCUCCGAGCUGCCGCCAGACAGCAAAGCCAACGCUCCCGAUGCCAUCUACAACUACCUUGCCUCGCAUCCCGAGUCCAACCUGGCUAACCUGCUGAACCAAAAACAACAAGCGGGCAAGCUCCGCAUGGCUUCCGAGGACCUGCUCGGCUUCUUGGAUCGAUCUUCGUACGAAUGCGAACCGGUUAGGGUCUUCCUCAGGGAGAUCCUGGCCGGUGUUGUCCUGGAGACGACCCUCCAGUCGUGCUCGAAGCCGGAAUGGAUCAAUUCCUGGAUCGUCUACUUACUGGAAUCUGGAGAACCCGACAUCAGCCAGGCCAUCGAUGUGGGCAUGCAGACCGGGCCCGGCGCGGACGUUGCCUUUGCCGACUUGGACGGCAAUGUGGGCAACAUUGGUCUCACCAAGGGCAAUAGAAACUCGUUUGAGCAAGAGAGAGCGCGGCGGAAGGAGUCGAUGGCACACAAGAAGAAGCUCAGCAAGGCUGAGGAGGAAAUGGAACUGGCCAUGGAGGAGAUGAGGCGUCUCAACCAGAUGAUCGCCCAAGAAAGCGCUCUCAAAGAGGGGUCGCAGAAACAAGAGGCGGGACCCCCCGGCAGGAGCGGGAGCGCAGCCGAGGCCACGGAGCGGCUUCCUGGCGCCCUUCAACGCAAUGUGGACAAUCAAGGCAUCAAGGAGGAGCCGAAUGCCAAGCCAGGCCCGCCACAACCGCUAGAUACCUCGACGCACGCGUCCAAACGGACGAGCAGCGAUGGCUCUUCAGACAGGAACGAAGCGAUUUACACCCCGGCCACGCCCAUGUCUGGCACGACUCCGUCUUCGAGCCAGGACUCGUCGCCACCAGCGAACGGGGGGAGUCGCUUCACGAGUUUCGACCAGAUUGUCCCGCCCGCCCAGGAUGAGGCAGAAAGCGAGGCAGGUGAGCCGCGCAAGCCGCCGCCAUUGACGUUGCACAACGCGACGGUCACGGUCCUAGACGAGCCGGGUGACGGGCGGAUUAGGACGAAGCCGACGUGGGACUACUUGGUGCAGAUCGAGCCUGCGACCACGGUUUAUCCCGGGUGGAUGAUCGUCCGGAAGUACGCCGAUUUUGAAAUGCUACACGAAGUGCUGCGGCGGAUUGCGACCAUCUCCGGGGCUACGGGGUUCUCGGAACAGCACAGCACACUGCCGGCGUGGAAAGUGCACACGCGGACAUCGCUGCGCGGCGAACUGGAGCGCUACCUGCGCGACGCCUGUUCGUAUCAGAGCCUAGCGGAGAGCGAAGGACUGAAGAAGUUCUUCGAGCGGGAUCACGGCCACAUGCCCAACGCACCCAAAUCGGGAUUCCAAGCGUUCGAGAAACUCGGCAAGAACGUCUUGGACGUCCUGACGAGCGCGCCGCUGGAAGGCUCGAAGGCAGUUGUCGGCGGCGUGACCGGGGUGCUGGGGAACAUCGGCUUGGGGCAGCGGAAGACAGCGGCGGCCGCGCAGCAACCUCCGCCUCCGCCUCCGCCCUCGGCGCUGCAAGACGUGACAGCGGCUAGUCGCUUGUCCAUCUCGGCGCUACCGCGGGCGGACAGCAGCAUGUCAUUGAGCGGGAUGCGCAGGACGCGCGACAGCAUGGACAGCCAGCGUUCAUCGAUCGUCUCCCAGCAGCCCGGCAAGAUGCCGCCGAUGGAGCGCCGCCCCAGCUACAAUUCGCAGGGGGGCGACGGGGAGCCCGACGGGGCGCGCCUUCCGGUGACGUCGGCCAGGAACAGCCGCGAGCACAGCCGGCCGUCGAGCCGGGCGCCGAGCCGGGCGCCGCCGACGCGGUCGCCGUCGAGCCUCAGCCUGGACGGCUUCCGGCUCCCCCCGCCGCCCGACAUGAUGCCGGACGACUACGACUCGCCGAUCAGCCCGGCCAGCGGCGGGCGGCCGCAGGCCGACUUCCAGCACACGCGCUCGCUCACGAUGCCUACGCUCGGCAGCAGCACCAGCCACCAGCAGCAGCAACAGCGGCUCAACGGCCCGCCGCUCAAGGGCGUCAAGCAGCACGCGAAGCUGUCGGAGCAGGAGACGCGCAUGACGGUCGAGCUGCUCUUCGCCGUCAUCAACGAGCUGUACACGCUCUCGUCGGCGUGGAACAUCCGGCGCACGCUGCUGGCGGCGGCCAAGUCGUUCCUGCUGCGCCCGGGCAACCCGUCGCUGCUGUCGAUCCAGGCGCUGAUCCAGACGUCCGUGCUGGACGCCAACACGGCCGACGCCGGCGUCGCCGCCCUCCUGCGCAAGCUGCGCGCCAACGCCCUGCCCACCGACGCCGAGCGCGCCGCCUGGCCCGCCGAGAUGUCGCCCGCCGACAAGGACGCCCUGCGCGCCCGCGCCCGCCGCCUGCUCAUCGCCUCCGGCGUCCCCGCCGCCCUCAUGGGCGUCAUGGGCCAGGCCGCCACCUCCGAGGCCCUCGGUCGCCUGUUCGAUUGCCUCCAGAUCGAGGAGGUCGCGCGCGGCUUGGUGUUUGGCGUCGUCUUGCAGGCUGUGAGGACGGUUACGCAUUGUUGACGUGAUGAUGGUAUGUAUUGUAUGUAGGAUCAACGCUUUUUUUUUUUCUUUUCCUUUCUUAUCUUCAUUUUCGUGCCUUCCCCUUUCUUUGUAACGAGAGACGGCGUGGUUUGGUGUUUUGUGUUGGGAUCUCACCAUGCGAUGACCGGCGAUGGCGGUUUUGGACGCGCACCGAGUUACUUGUGGAUGUUGUUUUCUGGAAUGACUUGUAAGACUUGUAAUGAGGACGGGGAAGGAUAUAAACGGAAUAAACGAGUUGUAAUGCAAGCCGAGCGGCUGACAGCAGACGGG